AUGUCCCGCUUCCUCGCCAUCUCCCGCCCUCUCGCUGCUACCACUCGCGUCCAGGUCGCCCGUUCGGCCCUCGCCUCCCGCACCGCUGUCCAGAUCCGCUGCUACUCAGAGCACCACGAGGAGUCAUUCGAGGACUACACAGCCCGUUUCGUCAAGUUCUUUGACAACGUCGACGAUCUCUUUGAGCUCCAGCGUGGUCUCAACAACGCCUUUGGUUACGAUCUCGUCCCUUCGGCUUCCGUCAUCGAGUCCGCCCUCAAGGCUGCCCGUCGCGUCAACGAUUACCCUACUGCCAUCCGUAUCUUUGAGGGUUUGAAGGCCAAGGCUAACAACGAUGCCAUCUACAAGCAGUACCUUGAGGAGCUUGCCCCUCUCAGGGCUGAACUGGGUGUUGAGACCAAGGAGGAGCUUGGCCUUUAA